AAGAAAAAAAAAAACCUGAACGCUAACAUAUGUCACGUUAGUAAUGUCAGUAGACUCCGUCACUGCAAUUUUCUAUCUUUUACUUGGAUAUUUUGAGUAUUUAUUUUUAGGAAAAUAUGUCUACAUCACAGUCGCACGUCAACAGAAAUUUUCCAUCGCGAUCAAUAAGUCAAAUUACAAAUGAAAUAGAAGAGAUAACGGACGAGGAAUUGGUAAAGCAAGUGAACGAGUUAAAACAUCAAAUCAAAGUUUUAACGUUGGAAAAUGAAGUUUUCGAGAGGACUAUGGCGAGAUUGGACCCAACUUUAUUGCAUGGAAUACAGCAGGCGUUGGAAUACGCUACGAGGUUAAAUAGUAAUUCUUCAUUAAACGUCGGCAGUUUUGUUAGAUCUCAAACAUCUAGAUUGUUUUUUGAAUCGUUAACAAGUCCAUCAAAAAUGUUUGCUAGUCCUUCAAAAAUUUCUACCAAACGAGCAGAAUCCUCAGCGAGAGUUGGUGGCACGGUGAUGUUCGGAACCGGUCCAAAAAUAAAUGUUCUCGAACGGUCUGAAAUUGUAUCCGCCGAAAUGGAGAUUUUAAUGGCAAACUUGGAGCUAAUGCGUCAAAAAGCUGCCAAACAACACGCUUUAUUGAAAGCACAAUUAGAAGAACUCGAGCUCAGAGUUGAACAUAUACAAAAUUUCCGUGAAGAGUUUUACAAGGAAGUAGUCAUUGAAGGAUGGGAUAAGAUAGCGCAGCGGAUCCCAGCAGAAAUAUGGGUCCGAUAUAUGAACGAGUGGGUCAAAAUUACAGAUAGAAAGAUCGGUAAAUUCAGACUGCGUACGAGCACUUUAAACACUCAAUACAGCAAAUUAAAAGGACAAAUAAAAAUAAAAGCAGAACUGAGUGAACAUUUAAGGCCAGUCGAUUUUGAGAAAAUUAAAAUUGAAAAUAACGAGUGUUUAUCAAUAAUAGAUAAAAAGCUGCAGCAGUUGGCAGAGUUGAAAAAAAUGACAGGAGACGCCAACUUAACAUUAAGCAUCCAUAAGAAAGCGCUAAUGGAGCAGAAUAUUUAUUUAAAUGAAGUCUUAAGCAACGUCAAGAGGAAACAAAAACAAACAAUAAGUCUCAACAAAGAGACAGAAAUCAUAGAGAAUCAAGCUAAAGGUUUAGAAGUGAAAUUGGAUGAUAUCAAAAAGUUGCGAAAUGCAUACGAGGUACCCGAUGUAAUGGAUUAUGUUCACGUGAAAGCUGAGAUAGCAGAUUUAAAACUAAGCGUCAAAUUACUACAGAAUAGACUUCGUAUACUACAAAUUGCUUUGUCCUCGCAUCACAGGAGAUUAAAUAAAUUGAGUUUGGAAUCUUGAAUGAAAUCCUGAAAUAACUUUCUAUGAUAUUAUGUGUAUAAAUUAUU